CGGAUCACCGGGCGGUGGAGGGGCUCAUUGAGGAGGUGCUGCGGGUGUGCGGGUUGUGUGAGGAGUACAACCAGUUCAUGCUGGGGAAGAUGAGGGCGGCGGCGGCAGCAGCAGCGGGGGCAGCGGGAGGAGGAGGAGGUGGUGGGCGGGAUAGCAUGGGAGGAGCGGGAGGAGGAGGAGUGCCGGCGCAGGGGCACUUGCCGGCUGCACGGGAGGCGGCGUUCAGGUCCGGCUCCCUGAACGUGUCGCUGCGCGAGCUGCUGGGGCGCUACGUGGCGCUGGAGGAGUACUACCUGGACGAGACGGCAGCCAUGGCGGUGCGCAUUGAUGAGGUGCUGCCCGGCGCCCUGACCAGCAGCAUGGUGGAUGACGUGUUCUACAUCCUGCGGAAGGUUGGCCUCCGCGCGCUGGCCGCGGGUCAGUUCCAGGCCGCUGCUGCGCUGCUGGCGGAGCUGAACAACGUGCUGGCCAACAGCUUCAGGAACGCACUGCAGUCCAAGCUGUCCGCGGGUCCCUCCAAGGCGCUGGCAGCGCUGCCGGCCGCCCUCACGGGACCCAUAGAGCUGCCACAGGGUUCCUCCUCCUCCUCCCCCUCCGCCGCCCUCACCGACUGGUGUGUCGCGCUCAAUAACGCGGACGUGGCGGCUGACUACGCGGUCAAGCUGCGGGGGGAGCUGGAGGGGCAUGCGACGGGGCUGCUGGCGGCGCAGGGGGACAGGGACAAGGCUCGCCUUGUCCUCUCCGACCUGGCCAAGACGGGCUCCGAGUUCCGCUCUCUUGCCGCCCGGGGAUUGGAGGCGCUUGCGGAGGGGCUGCUGCCGCGGCUGAGGGGGCUGCUGGAGGAGGUGGCGGCGAUGAGCUACUCGCUGUCCGAGUCCGACUACGCCGCCUGCUCGCCCGAGCUGUCCCCCGAGGGCGGCUGGGCGGGGCGGCUGGUGGUGGCGCUGGGGGGGCUGGCGGCGCUGCUGCGGCCGGGGCUAACGGGGGCCAACUGGGAGGUACUGCUGGGGUCGCUGCUGGAUAAGCUCGCCGCCCGGCUGGAGUCGCUGCUGGCCCGCAAGUCCUUCACGCAGCUGGGCGGGCUGCAUCUGGACCGGGACGUGCGGCUGCUGGUGGGCGGGCUGGGCGAGCUGACCAGCCGCACGGUGCGCGACCGACUGGCGCGGCUGAGUCAGAUGGCGGUGCUGCUGGGGCUGGAGAGCUGCGAGGAGCUGCUGGAUUACUGGGGG